AUGCUGGAACAACUGGACGAAGGCAGUGCUGUUGUUUGGGAUUUGGACACUCGGUUGCCGUUCCCUUGUACAUUUGAUGAAUAUUGGAUUGGAAGUGUUCAACCCCAAAGAGGUGGAAAUUCCACUCAGUACGGCAGGUACUUUCGUAUGGUUCCAUGCGCUGAGUAUUUGUUACAUUUCUCAAGUGAUCGAUCCCAUAUGAAAACUGAGGAUGGAAGGUGGUUGGCUCCACCUCCGGAUUGGGAGCCAAUAUUUAAAAUGCUCGCACAAUUAUCAUGA